GGGAAGCUUGUAUGUGUGUUAACAGUGAGAGAGUUUUUAUUGCACCUCAGGCUACACUCACUACCUGGUACCCUGUGCCCUCUGCCAUCCCUCCAUAGAAAUACCAACAGGCAGCAGCCUGACCUACCUGUCACUGCUUCCUUACCCACGUUGCUGUGAUUAGGCUGUCACCUCUGAACCUGUGCUCUCACUCCUGAUACCAGACUCUGUAACUGAGCCUGUCACUGGGUCAGCAUGGCACACCACCAGGGCAAUGGGGCAGGGUCCCCCACUACAGACCAAACACCCAGGAAGAUAGCCCUCAUCACUGGCAUUACUGGACAGGAUGGCUCGUAUUUGGCAGAGUUCCUCUUGGAAAAGGGUUACGAGGUUCAUGGUAUUGUACGUCGAUCAAGUUCUUUCAACACUGGGAGGAUUGAACAUCUGUACAAGAAUCCACAAGCACAUAUAGAAGGAAACAUGAAGUUGCACUAUGGAGAUCUUACUGACAGCACCUGCCUGGUUAAAAUCAUCAAUGAAGUAAAACCUUCUGAAGUAUACAAUCUGGGAGCACAGAGCCAUGUCAAGAUCUCAUUUGACUUGGCAGAGUAUACUGCAGACGUCGAUGGAGUUGGUACUUUACGUCUUCUAGAUGCUAUUAAAACCUGCGGCCUUAUUAACUCUGUGAAGUUUUACCAAGCCUCAACCAGUGAACUGUAUGGCAAGGUUCAGGAAAUCCCCCAAAGGGAAACCACUCCAUUUUACCCUAGGUCACCGUACGGUGCUGCCAAACUCUAUGCCUAUUGGAUUGUGGUAAAUUUCAGAGAAGCUUACAACCUGUUUGCAGUUAAUGGCAUUCUCUUCAACCACGAGAGCCCACGGAGAGGAGCAAAUUUCGUAACCCGAAAAAUUAGCCGUUCAGUAGCUAAGAUUCACCUCGGACAGAUGGAGUGUUUCAGUCUUGGAAAUCUAGAUGCCAAGCGAGAUUGGGGUCAUGCCAAGGACUACGUUGAGGCUAUGUGGUUGAUGUUGCAAACAGAUGAGCCCGAAGACUUUGUGAUAUCUACUGGGGAGGUCCACAGUGUCCGAGAGUUUGUGGAGAAAGCUUUUAAGCAUAUCGGGAAGACAAUUGUGUGGGAAGGCAAGAAUGAAGAUGAGGUUGGUCGCUGCAGUGAGACUGGCAGAAUCCAUGUGAGAGUAGAUCACAAGUACUACCGACCCACUGAAGUGGAAUUCCUCCAAGGUGACUGCAGCAAAGCCAAGCAGAAGUUAGGAUGGCAAUGCAGAGUAUCAUUUGAUGAACUUGUGAAGGAGAUGGUGGAAGCGGACAUCCAUUUAAUGGAGACCAAUCCCAACGCCUGAGUAUGAAGAAUAAAAAUAAAGGCCUGGUGCAACCCCUUGGAUAAUCCACCUCUUGCUGAAUCUCAUUUUAGUAGUACAAUAUAUUCUGUAUUAACUGUCCCUCUAUUUAAUCAUACACAUUACUGGUACUGCAACACAUCUUGAUGUUUGAUUGGGGUUUGUUUUUUGUCUUUAUUUUAUACCUUGUAUGGGGUUCUUCAUUCAUAUAUUUUACUUUAUUUUGCUACUGUUUUUCACAGAUAUAUGGUAAGAUCUUUGUGUAAUUAUUAUUAAGCGUGGAAACGCAAUUGGAGCUUGCCAUUUUCUACUUCUUUCAUAUAUCUCUUCUUUCUUAUUAAAUUGCAUUUCUACAAAAUGCUAAUGCGUGCAAUCAUUUCACCAAGUUUAUGUGUUUGUUUUCCUCGUAACCUUACAGAUAAGAAAAGAAAAUCAAUCCAGUUCCAUUACACUGUUUAUUUUUUUAUAUAAUAUAUUUACUCCCAUGAUUAAGAUCCCUGUAGUUUUUCUAGAAUCCCUCUCCCUGAAACGGUUAAAACUCUACUGAAAUGGUUAACCAGCUAUGUAGCCAAAUAGUUUGUAGAAUAUAUUAUUUGAUUGAAUGUUUCUUUUUUGCACUUAUUCAGUAUAAGGCCUUACUCACAUAAAAGCCCUUUUUUAGAUUAUGCUUGUGCCGAAGAUCUGUAAGCCCAGAGGUUUAAGCUUGGCUAGAGUAUAGAGGCACAGUGCAGUCUAGAAGCUUAUGACAAAAGGCUCCUCUAUACCCGUGGCCUCGCUCCUUCAGAAUAGCCCCAUUCAUAUCGCUUUCCUGUCUCUUCUGUCUAUAAUUAGCCACAGGAUCUCAAAGCAGCUCAGAAAAUGGUAAAGUGUAGAAAGUCUAUACCUACAAGCCGUAAAGUUAGUAAAUGUUGGUUGAGCCUUCUUGCCAAGGCACCCGGGUUAUUGAGAGGUCAAUAAGCCCAUAAUUUGGGCUGGGAUCUUCCAUUAAUUUUUUAUUUCUUAUUUGACAUUCAUUUCUACCCCCGAGGCCUA